GUUCGAGCGCUGAAUCACAAGACUUUUUCAGUUGCGAAUGAUGCGAACGCCGAAUAUCUUUAUCCGCUAAAAUUUUCUCUAAUGCACGCACGAUAAACAUUUCUUUAGCUUUCAAGGAAAAACUUUGCAUAUUGUCAAGAUCCUUCACAUUAAGAUAAAAUUUGUUGAUGGGCGAUAAGGUCAGCUACCACGCACACCCCCACAACACACAAGUGUUUAUCAGGUAGUAUUUUCUUUUGCACUAAUUAAAACACAUCAUUUUACAAUUUAAUUAAAAAUACCGAAGGCAUCGAUUAGAAAAUAUACAGAAAAUACAUAUGUGUAAGCAAAGAAAAACCACCAAAUAUUGUCCACUGUCCUUUCAUGAAAAAUAAACGUCAUCAAUGAUUGUCAAUACAACACUAUUUAAGUCGAUAAAUGAAAAAUAUCGAAAGUUACGUGACAGAGUGACACAUGUGAUGUAAACUUUGAAAAAUUUUAUUUUAUAAUCCCAGAUUCAAAUAAGGCAUGGUUUUAGGCGCUUGGCAUUAAGAAAAUGUACUGAUAUAAUAAUUUAAAUAAAAAUAACUUCGUAAUCCAAUAAGUUACACUAAAAUCCAAUUAAAUAAAUUAAAUUUCAAUUAAAGUAAGGAAUUACGUAAAAUACUCAUAAUUAUGAAUCAAACUAGUUAUAAUUUCAUUCCAUUUUUGUAUAUUUGAUUUAAUAAAUAAUUUAUAUAUUUUAACAUAUGUUUUUAAACUAAAUUAGUUUAAUACAAGUGCAAUCAUAAAAUUUCUUCCUCUCCCAAUAUCCGGUAUAAAUUAUUUUAAUAAGUUCACAUCACUAGAUUAUAUAUAUAAACGAUAAUUUUUCUUUUAUCCGUUUAAUUGACAUGGUCGAUUACUAACUUCCAUUACUAUGUGCGCCCUUUUAAAAACAGUAAACACAAUUCUUGAAUUCCUAUAUAUUUUAUGCAAUCAGGUUAAAGGCAAUAUAUAAGAAAGUAAUUUUCUAGUAAUCUUUAGAAAAAUGGAAGUAUUCAAUAAAUUUAAUGAAAGAUUUCCCUGCCGGAAAAAAGUGUUAAAAACUCUUAUCAAUUUGAUUGGACAUAGUGAAGAAAUGCUUCCGGCUGCUAUUCAUAUUUAUGGUCAUACAGGUACAGGAAAAACUUCGUUACUUAAAAGUUUACUUAAUGAAAGCAUACGGCGUAAUAAAAAUAAGUUAAACGUAGCAUUCGUCAAUUGUGUGGAAAGUUAUACUUCAAGAAUACUUUUUGAAAAUAUUUUGGAAUAUAUAAGCAAUGAGAUUGCGGAUGAUAUUAAGACCGAAAACUUAAAAGACUUUGUGGAACAAUUGCGGCGCUUACAAUCACAGCCAGAAGCUCAGUAUAUAAUUGCUUUAGACAAUGCGGAGAGGCUUAGGGACAUGGAUGCAAAUGUGUUACCAUCUUUGUUACGUUUGCAACAACUUUGUGGUCUGAAUAUUUGUGUUAUAUUAAUUUCACAACUUCCAUUAGAAAAGUUUUAUUGUAAAACUGGUAUUGAUGAUCCCAUUACACUAUACUUUCCUCAGUACACAAAAUCUGAAACACUGGAAAUAUUGAGUACUGACUUCAAAAAUGCCCAAAAACUUAUGGUUGCAAUACUCAAUCGUAAGAAACCAGAGAAUCUAUCAACAAAACUGCAGAUAGUUUAUACAGUAACGAGAGAGUUUUUCAACAAUUAUUUAAAUCUAUUUUUGGGCGUCUUUUAUAAAGCUUGUCGUGAUCUCUCAGAAUUGAAGAUUACUGCGAGAAAAUGUUUUACAUUCUAUAUGGAACCUAUAUUGGAUGGUACGGUUAUAAUGUCGGAUGUUUCGCGUCUAUGGCGUUGUAUUGCCGGUCAACUACGAACAGCGCUAACACAAGUAUAUAUACGAAGUGGUCAACCAGAGACUCCAGCUGUAAACAAUGAUAAAGAGAUCUUAAAAGUUGCUCAAUCUCUGGAACUGCCUUAUUAUGGCAAGUAUUUGUUAAUAGCUGCUUUUAUCGCCAGUUAUAAUUCAUCAAAAGAAGACAAACGUUUGUUUGUAAAGAAUCAUGGUAAACGACGAAAGCGUUUGCAAAAUAUCAAUGCGAAUGCUAAAGUAACAGAGAAAAUGAAUACUUAUAUUGGGCCAAAAUCAUUCAGUGUUGACCGCCUUUUAGCCAUAUUUUAUGCAAUACUUGAGGAGAAAGUUGGUUUAACUUGUAACUUGCUUUCACAAGUUUCAACAUUAGUCAAUCUUAAACUACUUAGUUUUGUUUCGGGCGAAAAUGUAAUGGAUGGUACGUCGCGUUUGCAGUGUACAGUCGGACUGGAUUUUGUUAUAUGCAUAAGUCAAGUAGUAGGGUUUAAUGUGCGCCAGUACUUGAGCGAUUUUAAUUAAUGAUUUUUAUAUAAUUAUUUUGUUUUUGUUUUUGAUUAUUUAGUUUGAAAAUAUUUGUAAUAAAUAAGUUGGCAAAUCGCUAAUAUGUAUCGUUUCC